AUGAAUGACGACUACUUUGCCAACAAACAGCGCAACAUUGUCAAAAGGUCAGCAAGGUGUACUACUCGCAACACCUGGUAUCGGUAUGGUAAUAACUUUUACAUCUUUGUUCAAAGAGGCGUAAACUGGGUUGUAGCACAGAGAAUCUGUGUGAGCGCUGGUGGAAGUCUUGUAUCCCUACGGAGUGCAGGGGAGGAAAAUUUCGUUAAGCGUUUGACAAAGAACAGACCAGCAUGGAUCGGACUCUCUGAUGCACAGAAGCCAGGUCAGUGGUUUUGGAAAGGUGGUACAUGUUACCGCUAUACCAAUUGGUGUCGUGGAGAGCCUUCUAACAACGCAAAGGAGGCCUGCGCAGUGAUGAACGUAUCAAGUGCAAAGUGCUAGUAUGACGUCCCCUGCACAGACAAUCUGUAUUUUGUCUGUGCCAGGAGAGUUCGUUAGUUUCUGAGUGAACAGAGAUGCAUAAACCUGCAAAACACUCAGCGAUGUGUGUUUGUGUCCAAAGUUUAUGCACUCAUCAGUCUUCGUCAUCAGUCUCAUAUAUAAGCUGUUGACCUGACAUUUUAAAUCAAAUUUAAAUUUCUUUUCUUUUCCUUGCUGUAGCCCUACCCAAGGAAAGAAGUGACAAAUAAAAUGUUAACAGUAGGUGGACUGCUUUUAGGACCCUGUGUCUCAUAAAGAGCAGGUUGAAAGGUUAUGAAAAGACACUUUUGGCACAACUU